AUGGAAGAGAAAUGGUCGUAUUUCAGUUUGAAACCGCAUUUAAGGAAUCUGCGCUACGGUGGUUACUGUGCAUUAGAUCCCAUCCCUGAUGUGCGUAAUGAUAUGAACACCUUAAUGGACACGAUGUUUCUAUUGUUCACUUACUUCGGCUCUAUUUAUAAACAAAUCGUGAUGAUUUCGAAAGCUGAUGACGUACAAGCACUUUUAAACACAAUGAAAGGAGAUUUGUUUAAUCAACCCGAAGAGAUGCAUUACAAGCUGCUCAUAGGUACUGCGCGCGAAGCCAAAAUUCUUGUAAAUACUUAUAGCUUGGCAGCAUUUGUUAAUGGUAUUCUCAUGGGUUUUCAUCUACUCAUAUUAUAUUUGCAAGGAAAGCCCGUUGAAUUUUGUAUUUGGUUUCCUUUUGAACUGGAUACAAAACUAAAAUUUUCUUUUGCAUUAUUUUAUUACUAUAUUCAGGUUUCGUGGAUUGCGGUUAAUAUAACAACGCUAGAUGCGUUUAUAACAUCCUUUUUGCAUCAAUGUACGGCGCAAAUUAAUAUUUUGAGAAAUUCACAAAUUGAUAAAACAUCAUUAGCUUUUAUGACAAUCAUAAUAUUCUUGAUGUGCAUUUUUGCGGAAUUAUUCUUGUUUUGUUUCUACGGCAGUAGGCUAACAGAUGCGAGCAUAAAGUUAAUGGAUUCAGCAUAUUUUUUGGACUGGGUAGAAAUUCCAAUGCAACAUAGAAAGAAUCUAAUGUUAUUUAUGGAAAUGAUAAAGAAGCCAAUCAUGCCUACGGCGGGAUCUAUAGCGCCGCUUGCAAACACUACUUUUGUUUCAAUUGUCAAAAGUUCUUAUUCUUUCUACGCCUUUCUAAAAAACACGGAAAAUUAA